AAAAACCAAAGCAUCGGUAUACAAAGGCGGCUGGAAUUACAACACUGUCCCUUAGGGCCAUGACAUUAGCAGUGACCCAUACCAUACCAUAUAUGCCACUAGUCAACCAAAAAAUCACAACCCUUUAUCAAUCAAUCUUACUUUCGUAACAUCUGUCUCUAUAUAUAUUAUUACUCAACAAUACUGAUCCAUAACCAUAACCACAUUGAUUCAUCAGGAACAAAAUGGAAGUGAUGAGUCCGAAUCAGAACAAGGAGGAUCAUUUUGAUUUUGAUUUCAAGAGGUUUUCAUAUCUAAGUGCUCCUUCUUCACCGAAACGGUUUGGUGAGGCUUUUUACUUAAGUGCCCCUACUAGUCCAUCAAGCUUUUACGCCCAAUUUGAAGAUGAAGAUGAUGAUGGAUUCGCGUUUCCGGUUAAUCGAGAACAAGAUUCUUCGCCUCGCUCGGCUGGUGAACUCUUCGACCAUGGGAAAAUCAAGCCAUUGGAGUCUGUUAAUUCGCCUCUUUUAUCUCCGAAUCGAGUCAAGCAAUCUCCAAUAGCGAAAGGAAAGAAAGCGAUUGUAGAAGCUUUUUCAUCUAAGAAUAAGAAUGAUUUACCGGAGAGAAGAGGUAGAGAUAGAACACCGUCUUCUGAAUUUUCAACAUCGAAAUCUGGUAGAAGAAUCAUUCGUUCUGAUUCUCCGUUUAGAAAACCACAAUACACAUGGAUAGAAGAAAAACAAAGUAAACAAUCGGAGGCUAUUAAAGAGGAAUCUUCUGAAUCGGCUCCUUCAUCUCAUUCUUGGAAGAGUUCUCGAAUAUGGAGAUUGAAGGAUUUCUUGUUGUUUCGUAGUGCUUCAGAAGGGAGAGGAACGAGCAAGGAUCCAUUCAGGAAAUUUCCUGUUUCUUACAACAAGAAAUCGUCUGAAGAAGGUAAAGGUUCGUCGUCGCCGUUUAGAUCGAAUAUACCAAAGGCUAGAAGAAAAGAACCGGUAGUUUCUGCACAUGAAUUGCAUUACGCUAGAAAGAAAGCUGAAAAUGAGGAUUUGAAGAAGAAAACUUUUUUGCCUUAUAAACAAGGGAUUUUGGGUAAGUUAGCUGGGUUAGGAUCAAGCACAAGAUGAAUGUGAUGAAAUAUUUUAUCAUUCUUUCAAUCUAUGUGAUAGUUUUUUUUAUUUUCUUUAUUAUUUUCUGCAUAAACAAAACUGUAUUCUUUUGUUGAAAUUUUAAUUAAUAUAUAUACAUUAAUUGUUAUUA